UAAAUAAAUCACGAAAUUAAUGUACCUAUUAUAUAACAUUAUUUACAUAACAAUUGGUUAUUUCAACGGAUUUAGGAGAUUGUGGCGGCAUCCCUAAGAAUUUAACCCAACUAUUGUGCUCGUGUAUAUAUCAUAUCGAAUCCUCGUGACGAUCUUUGUGACAACUAUUUGAAUAGGAUGUCAAAAUUGGUACUUCUUUGCCCAACAGCAGUGCUGUUUCGCUGGGAUAGAAUUAGAAACCUUCUACCUAAUUAUUAAUCGUACUCUGUGAGUCAUUGAUUGACUGCUGCGAGAGUCUAAUAGUUGGCUAUACUGAGAACAGCGCACGUGUCCAGGGGCCAUAGUGGGCCUGUCAACCUUUGACAACUGGUACUUUAAUUUUGGUCGUUGCUUCGGUAACAUCUGUGAUCGUAAAUUGAUGUAUGUUACUGAUGUACCUCUUCUUUUGUACAAUUAUUAUAAACACGAGUGAAAAAUGGAGAAAAUGAGCAAAAAAGACCUGAACGAAACGGUGGAAAAGCAGAGGCUGAAAUUAACGAAGUAUGAGAAUAAACUGCGAGAUAUUGUACCGGCUUACGAAAGUCUAGUGAAGGAAAAAGAAGCCCUAGAAGAUAGUCUUAAAGCUUUUACCGUCAAAUUUACAACUGAUGUAGACCUAAGUAAUGACACACAAAGUUUGAAAACUAGCUCCGACUCUUUGGACGCAGCUUUCCAGAAGGGAACAAACGAACAAGAAACUGUGGAACAACUAAAAAUUCAGCUCAGUGCAUUAAUGAAUUCCUUGGCAAUACUGUCUGCAGAGAAGUCAAAGAUGGAGGCAAACUUUCAAGCAGAUAAAAAGCAACUACGAACCGAACGAGAAGAAUAUGAGAAAUUGAUUAAAGAUUUGAAAGAAAAAUUGAAACAGGCGCAGAGAGAAACACGUUCUGAAGUUGAACAUGUUAAGUACAAAUUGAUUAUGGAGCGGCAUGAGAGAGAAAAGGAACAAGCCGAUCAUUCGGCGAUGAUUAAGGAACUGCAAAGGUUGCUAAAUGACGAAAGGUGCAUCAAAGAGCAGCUCGAAAAUCAAAUUAAGGAGUUGAAAACUCAAGUGACAAGUAAAGAGCGUAAUAGAUUGUUGGAAGCAGAGCUGGAGUACACUAAGACUAAAUUGAAGCAAGCUGAAGCAGCCGCAAAAGAGACUCCUCCGCUACUGAUUUCGUUACAGACUGAAAUGGCUACUUUGAAACAACAGCAUCGUAACGCAAUACAAGAGGAACAGAAGAGAGCGUCUGCGGCGGAACAACAGGCAAGGAUUCUAGCAACUACUCAUGAAUCUAGAGUGGCAGGACUAGAGGCUCGAUUGGCUGAAUUGUCAGAAACAGUGGGGGGAUACGAUAGGCUAAGACAGCAAGAUCAGCAAGCUAUUCAGAAGCUUAAAGAUCAAUUGCUCGCUUUGCAAGAUGCUGGACACAAGGAUAAAGAAACAGUGGAACUGGAAAAUGAUCCCGAAGAAAUUGCUGCCAGAAUAAAAAAAUUCUAUAGCCAUUUAUUAGAUAUUGCUAAUAGAGAAAACAAAUCGUCAAAUAUCAAGGAAAUCUUAGAUAAACUGAAUCUCAGAGACGUCAAUGAAGAUCUGGAAUAUAAGGAACAACUUGAAAAGCUUGAGCAAGAAUUUGAAGAUUUUAAAAUGCAAACUUCUGGUCAGCUACGUCAUGCAUUAACAAGCUCGCCACCCAAUGCGGACAAGAUAAGAGAUAAACAAUCUACUUCUCAACCUAACGAUGCCAAUAGCAAUAAACUACAAUUGAGCAUAGCUAAAUCACACAUCAUAAGUCUGGAAGAGAGAAUACGCACUUUGAACGCCGACUUGAAUGACAAAGAAAAGGACUUUAAAGCCCAAUUAGAACAACAGCAGCGGCUAUUGAAAGAAGAGCGGUUGAAAAACGAGCGUUCCUUAUCUUUGAAAGAGAACGAAUUCCGAAGUAAGAUAUCGAGUCUAGAACACCAGCUUCUGCGUCAAAGAGAACGUUCAUUGUCAUUGAUUCAGGAUAAAGAUCAAGAAAUCCAAACAUUGAAGGCAUCGUUUCAUGCGUUGCUACCCAAGAAAGCAUCUUCUGUAAACUCGGAAGACCGCUCCAAGUCCCCUACUCCGGAUAACACUUCUGAGCCAGCUGUAGACUUGGUGACAGGAUUGUUGACAGCGGACAGCCCACCCAUGCUCCAUUAUGCUCAGGAAUUGGCAAGGCGAGAAGUUCAGGUGUCAGGAUUGCGAAAAAAUAAUAUGGAAUUAGAAGCAGAGAUCAGAGAAAGGCAUAGAGAACAUCUCCGCUUUACGGAAAAACAGAAGGAGGAUAUAAAAAGGCUCGAACAAGAAGUGACGAGAUUAAAAGCCUGUAAAUCCAGGGAAGGGGCGAAUCUCGAAUACUUGAAGAAUGUUGUACUCAAUUAUCUUUUGACCAACGAUGCAUCGAGCAAGCGACACAUGCUCAAUGCCAUUUCUACAAUUCUUCACUUCACACCAGAUGAAAUCGAAAAAAUUCGUCCUCUUAAAAAACAUUGGUGAGCCAAAAUCAUCCAAGGGCCACGUAUGUAUACAUUUGUUAUCUUUUAUAUUUUUAGAUUAAUGAGGAAAAAAGUUGUUUCACUUUGGCUAACAUGAGUUGGCCGGAAAUAACGAUGGUAUCCCACGUCGCAACAUGCACGAUCACUUGAGUUUCUUUGGUCUGAAAUCUGUGUGCUGCAGAGAAUAACAUAUUAAAGCUCUGUCUCUAUUACAAAAACGAAACUCCUUCCAUUCAAUCUCAACAUAUUAAUCAUCUUAGUUGGAGGAUUAGAAAAUUUAACAGUCAACGAAUUAGAGAUAUUUCUCAUUAUCAGAGAAAAACUGUUUUGUGACAAAUGUAAGGAUGAAUUGUAAAUAAAAUAUGAAAUCGA